AUGCCACAGGUAAAACACAUUGAAGACGGCCCUGAUACGAUCCGGGUACUUAUCACCACAGACAACCAUGUGGGUUACAAUGAAAACGAUACAAUCCGCGGAGACGAUAGUUGGCGAACAUGGGAAGAGAUCAUGAACGUGGCAAAGGACAAGGAGGUGGACAUGGUUUUACAGGCGGGCGACUUGUUCCACGUGAACAAGCCGUCGAAAAAGUCAAUGUUUCACGUGCUACGCGCCAUCCGAUUAAAUUGUCUCGGGGACAAGCCGUGUGAGCUCGAGUUCUUCAGCGACCCCAGCGUGGUGUUUGAUAACGGGUUUGAGGUGAACUACGAAGACCCCAACAUCAACGUGUCCAUCCCCAUUUUCUCCAUCAGCGGCAACCAUGAUGAUGCCACAGGCGAUGGGCUCUUGUCGCCCAUGGAUAUUCUCUCGGUCACCGGCUUGGUGAACCACUUCGGAAGGGUACUUGAGAACGACAAGAUUGCUGUGGACCCGCUCUUGUUCCAAAAGGGCUCCACGAAGCUCGCGCUCUACGGGCUCUCCAACGUGCGUGAUGAACGCUUGUUCAAGACGUUCCGGGACCAGCAGAUCAAGUUCACCCGGCCGGGCGUGCGACAGGACGAAUGGUUUAAUCUCAUGGCGGUGCACCAGAACCACUCGGCUCACACAAACACCUCGUACUUGCCGGAAAACUUUUUGCCAAAGUUUCUCGAUUUUGUAGUGUGGGGGCACGAGCACGAGUGCAUUCCGUAUCCGGUACCCAACCCAGAGAUGGGCUUCGAUACCCUCCAGCCGGGCUCCUCCGUGGCCACCUCCCUCUGCGAGGGCGAGGCGAUUGAAAAAUGCGUCUUUAUUCUCCACAUAAAUAACGGUGACUACAGUCUAGAGUCUGUCAAGCUCAAAACUAUCCGGCCGUUUGUAAUGCGCGACAUCUCGCUCCUGAUAUUUGGUAUCCCGCCAGGCCCCGCCUCUAAGCUAGAGGUCUCCAAGAUCCUCACCCAGGAGAUCGAGCUCUUGAUUAAGGAGGCAAAGGACCAGUUCAAGGAUUCAAACCCGGAGCUCUUUGAGGAAGAGGACGAGGGAACCGCCGAGCUCAUUCCUCUUCCGUUGAUUCGGCUCAGAGUUGAGUACUCCGGGGGCUACGAAGUGGAAAAUCCGCGUAGAUUCUCGAACCGGUUUGUGGGACGCGUGGCAAAUGUAAAUAACGUUGUCCAGUUCUACCGAAAAAAGAAGGAUACGGGGCACUUGAUGACGGGCAAGAAGAGUAGCGGAUAUGCUGAGCCGCUCGAGGACAUGGACGAGGCUGAUAUCAGGGUUCAGGACUUGGUGAAUGACUUCCUCCAGGACGCAGACUUGGCGUUGCUUCCAAGGGACGACUUGAACUUGGCUGUAAAGAAAUUUGUGGAUACAGAAGAUAGGAACGCGUUGAAGGAGUAUAUCGAAGGUCAGGUCACCAAGGAGACGGAUAUCUUGAUGAAGAUUGAC